GGGCUGUGAGGGAGGGGUGGUGGAUGCAGUGAUGGGAGACUAUGACGCACGCUGAUCGUCCCUGCUCUCUGCUGAUUGGCUGCGGUGGCUGGCAGUCGUAGACACUGGGAUACAGGCACAGCCAGGAGAGCAGAUUAUGAAGCGCAGCUCGACCAGCGGCAUUCUCCUCUCAUUGUCUCAAUGGCUGCGUGCACGUUCCUGCUCUGUUCCCUUGGGUUGCUGUCCGCUCUCAGCCGGCAUGGACUCUCCAUGACUGAGGAAGAGUGGCGGCCAGGGCUCAUCUAUGAUGAAGUUCCUGAAAUCCUGGACAGGAGCAAAGAAAACCCCAAUCAAGCAACAAGAGUCACAUCAAGUCAGGAUGGUGGCUUUCGCUUAGAAAGUGAAGAGGUUAUUUUGCCGCCUGAAGAUGAAAACCCCCUCAGGAGAAUACUGCAGCCAUUUAAUUGGCACCAUCCAGGGAUGCCUGUCAGUAAGAGGAAGCUCCUCCAGUCUCUGAUGGGACCUUAUGGCCCCCUGAGUGUGUCCUACAAUGGAAAGACCUGUAUUCUGUUCAAGGCAAAGCGCCUGGCAAUCCGCUACAGGAACCACACUUUCAUUGACCUGACUGAGAGGGUUUUCAAUCCCAACUCACCUGUGGACACUAAAGGUUCCAUCUGCACCAAGGAGAAAGCAACGCUUUCAUUACGAUUUGGUGAUGUGGAGGACUUACGAGGUCUCGUCAUCAGGCUUCAGAUGUCCAACACAUUUUAUGAAGCAGCGGGUCAGAACUGGUUUACUCUAGACAGCGUUCACAUCCACUACAACUGGACCCAGGAGGCCACAUUUAAUGCCAGCGAGGUCUACGCUCCUGCUACUUCAUCCUAUCAUUGCCAACACGUCAGCAGUCUACAUAAAUAUGACACUCUGCUCGUGCCCAGCUCCCACACUGACACAUCCGCUAACUGGCACAUCACUUUCACCGAUUUCCAGAUCCAGGCCUUCAAUGUGCAGUCAGACAAGUUUGCUUCAGCCAGUGACUGUGCCACCUUCUUGACGCCGGCGAUCCUGAUGGGCUUGGUGACGUCUUUGAUCCUGCUUUUGGUUUUAGCCUAUGCGCUGCACAUGGUGGUACAUCUGAAGCACAUUGACCGCUAUGAGGAGCACAAAGCCACGGUGUACUUCCCUCGUAGUCCAGAGGCCGAGCUACCGGACAAAAACAGUCUGUGAAGGAAAAACAAGAGAGGGAGUAUGACAGGGGAGGUCAGCAGAGAGACAGAGUGAGCUGAAAAACAAGAUAGAGGGCAGCGUAAGAGAGAAAAAGUAUCCUCCGCAGAGCAUUUGUUUAAUAAAAUGACAGCUUUUGCCUGCUGAACAUGCUAAGUGUUAGCUGCUUUACACAAAUGCAGACUGCUGAUGGAUAAUUUUUCCCCUUUCUCAUUGUAUUGUGAGAUAGAUCAUGAUCCAAACAUGAAAGAUCAAUGACGGUUUCAGAGCCGUGAAGGAUAACUGCAACCCCAGCCAGGCAUUAAAACCAUAACAGGCUAGCAGCUGUAGCUAAUACGGCUAAAACCAGACACUCUUGAUUACACAUAUGUACUGCGUGGCUCAUACGUGUCAUAUUGCAGGCUUCCAUCUCACACAUUGAGUCUUACCAGCUUUUAUUACAGUGUACUUUGUCUAAUUCUGCUUUCAGCAAUGUAUACACUCAACAGCCAGUUUUACAGCUGAAAUAGGGGUGUUAGCUGCAUGCCGUUAAAAAAAGCUUCAUCUGUCUGGGCUAGAGCAGUGUUUCCUAAUAAAAAGGUUUGCAGACAGUCUUGCAUGAGUUGGAACUAAAAAAUAAUCAAAUGUGAAGCAACGUAGAAAAAGCUUAAAAAGCUUUUGAAUGUGGUAGAAGGAAAAUUUGGGAACCACUAGUCUAGCACCUGGCUGGAGUGAAUGGACCACCACGACAGGCCUUCCAGAGCCUCUGGCAUCUCUCACUCCACCCCUGAAGAAGACUGUUGCUUGGGACUUAACUGUGAAAUGGCCUUUUUACAGACCAGCCAGACAAAGGGGAUUCAACAAACUAGCACAACACUGGUUAGCUGUGAAAACACCUAACUACAAACUUUUAAAGACUACACAAGGAACUAUGCCGCACGACAGCCUGUCUGAAGGCACGGCAGGAUGGCGGCUCUCAGUCGGACGUGACUCUUGGUCAAGUGUGUUUGGACAAGUGAAGGUCGUAAGCUCUCCAGCCACACUACUCGGUGUGACUGUCAAAGUGAAGCUACAAAGAAGUUGCCAUAAAAGAUGGUGACGUGAGACAAUGUGAAAACGAAAAGCUAACGUUACAGCUAUGUAUAAAAAAACACACACGUGUACAGAAAUGUGACUCUGCAGAGGUCUUUUUUAUAUGCAUUAUAAUCAUGAAAUGCUGUUAGGUACAGGGCAACUAUGCUAAUCCUCAUAACUAAAAGCUGUAGAUAAAUUAAGAUCGCUAUAUGAUCAUAGCUGUUUACUAAUCUUCAAAUACUGUAUUGCACAACUAAUAAUGUAGGUAAAAGUAAGACAAUGUGCUUUGAGGAUUGGUGAACGUAUCAGUGCAUUUGAUUUUUUUUUUCUACAGAGUCUUCACACAUUAUUUGUUUUCAGCUGAGCCAAACAAUGUAAGUUCAUCUUCAUGGAACUGUAAAUUGCAGACCAAAUUCCAACCAUAGCAUCUUAUUCCAAGAUCCACCCCAGCAACAGCAUCAGUAAGUCAUUACUACUGAUAAAAACACUCAGCAUGACAGUAAUAUCUUAACAUUUGAUAUGGCAGUUCUGUCAAUCUGUAGCAGUGUAAAAUGUGUUAUUUGGUCAUAAAUGUAUUCUACAAAUUAUGAAAUGAGCAAAGGCAGUUUGUCUGAGGACAAACUUAUGUAGAUUGAACAAUAAAGGAAAUCCAGAGGAAA